GUCGACCACCGUGCCGCCAUUAAAUUAUUAAUUAAUAGCAUUUUUUUAUGAACUUUGCUUUUUGGACAAGGGCAAAAAUUCACCAAACUGUUCCCACUAUGUUGCGUCUAUAUUAUUGUCCUAAAUAGAGGCCAAUGAAAAAUAAGACUAUGGAUAGAAAGAGAGAAAUACUGUAGAUGAACAAGAGUGGAAGUAAAAGAGGAAGUAAGUGUUUCCGGUUGGAGGAAGGCAGGUGAGAUAAUCCAACAUGUCAAGUGUUUGUUUGGACAAGGGUAGCAGCAGUAGACCAGAGGAUUAUGGGAUUACGGCAGGUGUCGAUGGUCAUGUGAACCGGCGUUGUCAUUGCUGAACUCGUUUAGUAUUUCGCAGUAAGGAAGCUUAGCCUGGCACACAGACACAUUCCUACCCACACAUCUUUCCAUGUACUUUUUUUUUUUCCUUCUGUGAAUUUCUUCAGCUUGACUUUCUUCUUUGUUUUGUCAAAUUUCACCUCAAGCAUGGCUAUUCCGGACUCUUCAUCCCACUGCCUCCCUACCCCUCUCUCUUCCCGGUGUUAGGCUGCUUCGGCUGCAUCUUUUUCCAUGUCUUCACUAAUCCAGGAGAGUACUUUGAAUUUUCUAAAGAGGAAAAUGUGAAGGUGAAGAUACUCUGAAACAAUGUCCAGGCUGUGUGGAAAGAACAACCUUGGCCUUGGUCGCUAUAGUGCUGUGCUCAAGACCACACUAUUGGAGACCAAGACUUGCCCGAGACAAGAAGUCAGCGAGACCAAAACAAGACCAAGACCAAGGGGAUUGAGACCCAGUCAUGACCAAGACUGAGACAAGCCGAGACCGUGCCAAGACCAAGACCAUCAAAAUCUAUUUGAAAAACGAUGACAAGGUUGAACAGGUCGUGGAAGCUGAAGCCUAUUACAGCUAACUUUGGGAAAAGGGAGACCACACCCUGAAGUGGUUGCCAGUCAAUCACAGGGCACAUAUCGUGACAGAGAACCAUUCACACUGCCUCUGAAUGGGGAAAUGAACCCACGCUGCCUGCACGGAGAGUUUAUAAGCAUGGUGGAGUGAGGAGUGAGAGCCUGACAGUAAACAGCUCCAAUGACGAAGUGGAACAAUCCCCCACUCAAUCUGAAGGCAAAAUGGCCACUUUUUAAACACAGGACUAAGCUAUCAGCUAGCUUUUACUCUUCAGCUGGCCUUCUCGGACAGACAACAGUUCCACUGGCCCUCCUUGUCUUACUGCUCGCUGGCCUCAAUACAGCUGGUCCGCCGCAGCUGGCUCGCCCACCUCUCCUGUCGGGACAGCCUUUUAUCAUUUUCUGGGGCAUCCCUGAUUCCUCCUGCUCCAUGAGGCCUGAGCCUGGAUCUUUUGGGAUGGAGCGCGAGGGCCGUGUGGCGGUCUUCUACGAGGACACGCUGGGAAGCUACCCGUAUUUUAUAGACAAAGACACAAGGGUCAAUGGAGGUUUACCACAGCACACACGGCUGGACAGCCAUCUUCAGAAAAUUCAGAUGGAUUUAGAUGCAGCCUUGCCUAUGCCCAGGUACCUUGGGCUGGGGGUGGUGCACUGGGCUGAGUGGCUCCCGCAGUGGUUGAGAAAUCGAGAGAAGAAGGCCGUGUAUCAGGAGGCAUCGAGGACCUUGCUGAAGGCGUUCUUCCCUAACUGGACUCCGGAGGAGGUGGAGAAGUGGUCACGGGUGGACUUCGAGGCAGCAGCCCAGUCAGUAAUGAUGGAAACCCUGAGGGAGAUCAAACGGCUGCGGCCCAAAGCAUUAUGGGGUGUCUCCCCUUACCCGAGCUGCUACAACGCUGAUUCUGCCCAAACGGCGUCAGCCAAUUACAGUGGCCAGUGCCCCCCUGCUGAAAAGCUCCUCAAUGACGAGCUUCUGUGGUUGUGGAAGCGCUGCUCUGCCAUUUACCCUCUUCUCACGCUGGAGAAGAUACAGGGUGGAACAUCCGGAGGGAGGCUUUAUUUGUCCAGUCAAAUCCAGGAAGCGCUGCGAGUUUCCUCUCUGGCCGGAGUGUCGUUCGAUCUUCCCGUGUUUCCGCUGAUCAGCAGUGUGUACGCCUCGACCAACACUUUUCUGUCUCAGGCAGACCUGCUCAGCAGCAUUGGCGAAAGCGCUGCCAUGGGAACAGCUGGAGUGGUCAUCUGGCAGAGAAGUGAGACCAAGACAGAGAGAGAAUGUCAGGACCUGGCAGAGUUCAUCCGCAAGGUCUUGGGACCUUACUCCAUUAACGUAACCACGGCAACCAGGCUCUGCUCAGCCUCUCUCUGUGAGGGAAAAGGCAGAUGUGUCCGUCAGAAUCCGGACAGUUCCGCCUACCUCCACCUUCCACCGCCCCCUGACGUGAUGGAGAAGGUGACAGAAAAGGAGGCGGAGGCGGCCAAAGCCACAGAGGAGCCCGAUCCAGACGCUAAGGCAGCUGAACCGGACCCAGCUGAGAUGUGGAAGAAAGACUUCCAGUGUCAGUGGUACAAGACUACAGAUCGGGACGUCUCAGACCAGCAGUCCCCCAAAGAUGGAGCCUCUGUCGAUGGGACGCUUGAGCAAAUUUCCGGAGAUCUCGGAGGGACUUCGGGAACCUUUUCAACAGAUUCCAUAACAAAAGGUGCCUCCACGACGAAGCCAAGUGAAAACACUUCUUCACCUUUGGUUUCAAACUGUUGCACCGUUUUGUGGUUGCUGGUGACUGCUUGUCUGUGUGUGAACUGAAGCAACCUUCAGCCAGAGGACUCAAUUGAAGUGCCUUUGAGCAAGACUGCGGACAUGUCACACAAGUCUGCAUUCAACUUUCUGGGGACGUGCCAAUGCACAGCGGUACUUUAACACUUAUGAGCAGCUUUAACAGGAAUUAAAGGACGUCAUCCCACUGCCAAUGAAAAAGAUUCCAAACCCAAGCAAACACAUAAAAGCAGUUUUUACUUAUGUUGUUGUUUUGAAUUCAUCUUUUCUGCAGUGUUUGGAAAUAAAGGUUAAAUCAUUCAAUCUCAUAGCAAACUACAUGGAUGCAUCUUUUGUAAGUCCAGGAACAACCCAAAUAUUAAAUACGCUCAUGAAUGGUGCCGUUAUCAUGAAGUUUUUUUUUUUUUUUAAAUGUACAGAUGCCUCCAUUGAUCCCCCUUUCAGGAUGGUCCAUGCAGGCUGCAAUGGAUGAUACAGAUUCGGUCGUCGUCACCUAGCACCCUCCCCGAGCAGGAGAAGAGGGCGAGAAGAGAGGACAAUCGCUUCAAUAUAACUUAUUAACCUAAAAUCUACAAAACAGAAUAUUACAUGAAUAAUGCAUUGACAAGCGAAUAGUUAAUACUUAAAACUUAGUCUUAAAACAAUGUGAAAGUGCAAAAGCUUUAGUUUAAAAAAAAGCCUACCUCAAUCCAAACAUAUAACUUAUGUUACUCUGUUUAUAAUACGACGAACCCCCCCCGGCCCCCUAAAAAAAAAC